AUCACUUCCCAAAGUUGUUUUCAUAUGUUCACUAGUCUCUUUUUUUUGCAAUGAUUAAUUAUCUUUCAAAACUUGUAUGAUACUGUGUGCCGUGUGUUAUUGUGAAAAUUUAAAAAUCUCUAAAAGCCAAACUAGCAACUAAUAUAAAACCUAUAUUUCAAAAAAACUAAUAUAAACAUUCAAUUGAAAAUAUCCAGAUUUGUAACUGAAAUUCUAACUCUGAAGUAAGGGAUUCAGCUCAGCUCGGUUUUUUAUGAGCAUGAAUUAUAUGUUCACGAGUUAUAUGAACGAUCUUUAACGAACACGAGCUAACUCAUGAGCUUGACUGUUUUUAUAUAUAUGUAUAUGUGUGUGUGUGUCUGGAUGAUUUUUUUCUUAUGUAAGAAAAGAUAAUUUUCAUAUUAAUCAUGUUUAUCUUCUAAAAUUAAAAUGUAAACAUACAAAAUAUUAAAUAAUAUUGUUAACAAUCCUCAUAUUAUAUAUCUUUAGAAUUAAAAUGUAAAACAAAAUAUUUCUAAGAUUCUCAUGCGGAAUAUAUAUAUUUUUAUGAUUUAGAUGAAAACUUUGAAUGAAUCAUCUUAAGACUUAUGUUGAAUAUAUUUUUGGAUCACAAAUUAAGAUUUUAUUUAAUUUUUUAUUAGGUUUUAGUUUUAUUCAUUAUUAAUAUUAAUGUUCUGGAUUUUUAAUAUUUAAAUUUUAAACUAUAUUAUGAAAAAUAUUUUAUUUAUAAUGAUUUUAUAAUUUUUAUUUUCAUAUUUGAUCGCGAGUUAGCUCAUUUAACUCAUGAUCUAAAUGAUAUGAAUUCGAGUUUACAUAUGAAAGCUCAUAUAAUAAAUGAGCUGAGCUGAGUUAAUUCAUGAAAAAUAUGAGCUCACUAUGAACUGCGCUGAGUUGAGCUAGCUAACUCAUUUUGACACCCCUACUCUAAAGUAUUUUUUUUGGUAUUACUGAACAUUCUGAGUAAUAUAUAUUGAUUUUUUUGGGGUCAAAUAUAUGAUUUCUCAAACUUCUUUUUUUGCCCAUUAAUAGAGUAGAUUUGUAGCUAGAGAACAACAAAUAAUUCUAAGUAAAAAAUACAUUAAAUAUAUAUGGUCAAGUCAAAAGUGGAAGUCAUUUGUAACAUGAGUACUAUUUAAUAAUUUUACAAGGUAAACAUUCAAUGAAAUUCCAGAAAGUUAAUUAAACAACAAAAUUCACGUAUAUCUAAGGUAAUUAUAUUAUUUUGGGGGUCAGUCAAGGUCCGUCCAUAUAUCUUUUAGCUGACCCACAAAAAAGGAAAAUAUCUUUCAUUACAUAAUUUCUUUCCAUAUCAUAUUUAGAGUAUACAUAUAUAAACAGAUCUUCAUAAUCUUCAAAUCAUUCAUCUAGUUAACAAACUAUAUCAGAAAAAACCGUAACAAAUAAUAAAGAGAGAUGAGUAAAUCCGUAGAGUGGUCUGGUUUGCCCGAAGAACUAGUCGAUGAAAUAGCCGGCCGUCUCUUCUCUAAAGUCGAGCUUCACCGAGUCCGUAGCAUCUGCAAACCCUGGCGUUCCGCGUCUUCGAUCCAUAAACGUUACCCCAAACGCCAUGACCGCAACCGUGUACGUGUGCUUUCUCCCUUGAGUAAUAUAAACUCGUGUUUACUCUCUCCCGCGGCUUUCUUCCGUGUGUUUCUUUCGUCCUGUCGGAACAAAGGAUGGCUUAUCAAAACCCAAGAUGUCUCCGAAACCCGUAAAAAAUUACUACACCCGCUCUCUCGUGUCCCCAUGGACUCUUCUCAGCAAACCUUAGAUCUUUUGGAGUAUACGGUCACAGAGAUCCAUCAGUCUUACGACGUGACUAAAUCCAUAUCGUAUAAUUUCGCUAGAGUUGUUUUAAUGGACAAGUUUGUUUUCGGGGUGAAUGACAAGAAGGAGAUCUGGUGGUGCAACAGUGAAGAAAGUAAUGACGGUAGUAAUAAUGUUUGGACAAGAGUUUCAGAUGAAGAAGCUGAGUAUUUCUCGGACAUCAUAGUCCACAAAGGUCAAAUCUAUGCCUUGGACCUAAAUAGCGCGAUAUGGUGGAUUAGUUUAUCCGAGCUCAAGAUUUUUCAGUACGGACCUUCGACUCCAAUGGACUACUACGAGUUUGAUGAUUGCAAAGACAAGAGGCUCGUGGAGUUUUGUGGAGAACUGUGCAUCAUUCAUCGUUUCUGUAAGACGUUUCGUGUGCGCAGAGUUAACGUGGAGAGGACUACUGGUUUUAAGGUUUACAAGAUGAACAUGGAGUUGGUUGAAUGGGUUGAGGUUAAGUCUCUAGGAGGUAAUGCGUUUGUCAUGGCGACAGAUAGUUGUUUCUCGGUUGUGGCUAGUGACUAUUAUGGAUGUUUGGAGGAUGCCAUAUAUUUUACUGAAAAGAAGGAUGUAAACAAUGUUAGUGUGUUCAAGCUUGGUGAGGGUAGUGUUACUAAGUUGGUGGAGUCUUUUGAGAAUUGUUUUCAUAUGUUUUAUCCUCCUUUUGUAUGAGAAUGUUGUUGUUUAUUUAAUCUCAAAUCCUUAUAUUUUGUCAAUCAGAAUGUUUCUCUCUUUGCUAAUGAUAAUAAAUCCUCGUUGAAAAUGGAAUUCUUCUUCACUAGGUGGUAAUCUGCUCGGUGCACGAAGUGAACUAGUUUAUUAGAUUGUUGUACUAAGAGAUUUGUAUUUAUAUAUUCGUUCGGAUUCAAUUGAUCAAUUCGCAUUUUAGAUUUUUAAGGUUAGAAAUUUAAAUCUUAUUCGGAUAUUUGCAAAUUUUAGUUUAGAUUUGGUUCGAAUCAUUACGGUUCGGUUCGGAUUCUAGUUUAGAUACCUAUUUUUACUACAUAUUUUUUAACAAAAAUCCAAACAUACUCAAGUCCUAAAAAUCCAAAAUAUAAAAUAAUAUAAAACAUAAAAAAUUGAAUAAUAUAAGACUAAAUAUUUAAAUAUACAUAAGAAUUGGUUCAAUUUAAAUAUUUAGAUGGAGAACAAAUAAAUAUUAUUAG